CUAUCUUUACCUUCAUGAAUUGAUGCUGUACUCGAAGAUGCCUCAAGUAAGUAGCACUGUAGUUCAAAAGAAAUCCUUUUGGUUUUGCGGGCUGUUUUCCAGGUAAACGUUAGAUUGUAUUACUUCUAAAAAGAGGAAAUUUGUUUUCAUCUCCAUAUUUUGGAUACCGAGAAGCAUAACCCUAAGGGCAAGCACACUGUUAUUCGAUUUCCAAGGCCUUCUGGUUUGAGCAUCCGGUCAAAUGGGUCAUGCAAUUUGCCAUGAAAACUAGGUAGUUUAGCUUGCCAUUUGAAUAAGCUUUGAGAAGGAGGAGUUUGGAGGUGGGGUCAAGCUAGAUUUGAAAUGGCAAAGGCCGUAACUGGGCCCUCAAGCCGAGAAACAGUCACUACUGACUGCACACGUUCAUAAAUUCCUUCUCCUGCGCAGGAGUGCCUUCUGAUUGCACCUGAAAUUCUGAUAAUGGCAUUAUGACGGGCCUUCUGUUCCGCCUCCGAUCAGUAGCGCAAUAGAGUUUGUUGAUGGCACGUCCCUGUCAACCUAGUCUUGGCUGACAGUUUGCUUUAAAGGAAAACAAUUGAAUCAAAUUUUAAGGUCUUAAGAAUGGAUGCAAGUUGGAACCGACAUAAGGUGUAAAUGCAGGUGUGGGGUGUGAAUGAGAAAUGUUGGGCAUUCCUGCGAGACGAUCAAUAGACGAAGCUUCCGUUAAUAAGUAUAAUAAAUCCUCCACCAUUAGCAGAAGAUGGCAGACGCCUGCUCCGCCAUCUAUUUUGCACCUUCCCAGGCCUCCCAGACGCACCCGCAAGCCUAAAAAAUGCAACCCUUGUGUGGACAAAGGUGGUGACAGAGGAGAAGCAGAAGCAGAAGAAGAGGCACAUAGAGGCAAACUGGAGGCCCUAUUUGGGCAGGAAAGGGAAUUUGCGCGGUCUGUUCCCAUUGUUCUUCUGCACCCUAACGCUCUUCAUUCGCCCAGGCGGGGGAAAGUUCUUUCGCGUCACUCUGCUUCCAGUCGCGACAGCGAAGAUGCGAGACUCAUCUUGGAAUUGGAAAGCAGUGAGAGAGAACAGGCGAGGGGUAGAGAAGCGUGGGGUCCUCAGGACUGGAAGUUUCAGGCGGAAGUUCUGAGGGCCGAGUGUAAUCUUCUGAGAAUGGAAAAGGAGGUGGCUGUGAGGAGAUGGGAGCAGGGCUGUGCUGAGAUGCACCACGCUCUUACCAUGGCUCAUUCACUUCAUUCCGCUGUGCAGACUAUUAUUACGGGAAGGAAGAAGAUUGUGGACGAGAAGAAUGCCCAAGUUGUGCUGCAGACCACCCUGCAGAACCAGAUAGAAGCCUUGCAGGGCAAGCUAGAAAAGCUUCAGAAGAACUCGGAAUUUAGAGAAAGUGAGUUGAAAAAAUGCAGCAACUUUGAUCGACAGGCGAUGUUUCUGCAGAGGAGAUUGGAUAAAUUGCGCAAAAGGUCAAAGGAGCGGUCAUACAGUGAAGAUACUGCCAAAGCUCUGCAACAGCGAUUGGAGACGCUUGUCCGGGCUGUUUGCACCACCGCACAAUGGGAGAUUGAUAAGGAGAAUACUAAGGCGGAUUAUGUAGAAAUUGCUCUUGAAGAAGAAGAUGAACAUGAAGUCCUUAUAGAACCAAGAUUGAGAAUCCAGAGACCUUCCAGCAUAAAAUGUUGUUUGGAUGACAACCAGAAUCGACUACUGGAUGCUACUCUGCUCAAGGAAAAGCUUGAUUCUCUUUCUAUGAAUAUGAAUGAGAGAAAGGAAGCUGCAGCACAGAUACAGAAGGAAUACAGAUCUAUGCUUAGUAGUUCUGGAAAUUGCAGUUCUAGGAGGGUAGAUGCACCUGAAAGAGCAGAACAGGAAGGUAAUCAAGAAAACAAGCUUUGCUCUGAACGUUGCAAGGCUACAAUUAGGAAAAUUGCUGAACAAGUUCAAGCAGAGACAGAGCAGUGGUUUCAAGUCCAAGAAAUCUUACAUCAUGUACGUGAAGAAAUGGAAGACCUACAAAAGUCAAGGGACUUCUGGGAAGAUCAUGCCCUCCAUUCUGAUGCAAAGAUUGCAACCUUACAGACAGCGAUGCAUGAAUGGAGAGAAAAGGCACACAAAUACGAGAACAAGAUCUCAGAGUUGCAGUCAGAAAUUACUCGAGUGAGAAAUGAGAAGGAGCAAGUCAGACAUAGGCAUGCCCUUGAGCAGAGUAGAUGGCUUGAUGGAAGUAGCAGACUCACACAUGGAUUGGUAUUGUCAAAUUCAGCAAAAAGCUCAAUGACUAGUGCUACUGAUUGUGACAGUGAUAAUCAUGAGGCCGCUAUUAAUGUUUCACAUAGGGGCAACAGUUCUGAAAGCAGAGAAAUAGAAGUAGUCCAUCAUACCGAGGAUGAAAAUUGGAAUGAGAAAGAGAAUCUGAAGACCAAAUUUGUGCACAUUGCUAAGCCAAGAAUACCCAAAGCCAUGCAAAAGUCUCACACCAGUAGUAACAAGAACUCUCUGAACACGGCUUCAAAACUCAGACAAUCAGACACUAACCAAAAGUCGUUCACUAUGCAUCCUCAGCAAAGUGAUUGUGUUGCAGGGCAACUUUCAGGCAAAAGGUCUAACAGAAAGGUUCGGGAUCUUCAUUCCAAAGAGAAUUCGCUGCUUCUUAACAGACACCCUCAGAGAGGAACUCCUGUAAAAAGGGGUCAAGUGAAUAAGAAUCUGGAGGUAAUGGGAUCAGGAAAAUCAUCUUCUAGUUCUACACGUUCACCACUGGUAGAUAUUGGGAAUGCUUCUCCAUUUAGAAUCAGAAGAACAAUUUUUCCAGUAUCUACAGAGGAAUCAUCUGACCCCUGAGUUGCAGAAAGCAUCGGUAGGUUAUUUUCUAUUGGUUUUAAAUUUGACCCCAAUUUCUUCAGGAAGAACCUCUAAAAGAGAUUGUGGGCAAUGAAUGCAAGUUCUGCUUUCUUUGAACAGAAUAACUAUGUCAACAAAGCAGGCUGCAAUUUUAAAAAAUUACAUAUUACUAACUGUUGUGAGAGUUUAUCAUAAAGUGAGAGCUGUAGCGAAGUUCAUUGUGUAAUAUAAAAGGUUUUGACUGAGAUUAUCCAGAAUAAAAUUGACAAACCUACUUGUUUGUGAUACAAA